AUGGCCGCCUCCUCUCAGUCGUCUUUAGUCGGAGUGGAUUAUUUCUUCUACCAGGACCAAGAAAAACCAAAGCCACAACCCACCAAUGUCAUGCUAUUGGAACAGAUCGUUGAAUUGCGUAAAGAAAUGAAAGAGUCUCAAGAAAAACAUCGAUUAGAGACAGAUCUUUUAGUAGAAGAGUUGAGGCUAUGCCGACAGGAGAUCAAGGACUUGCAAAUAGACUUGCGAAACGACUUCGGUCAGCGGAUGACUGCAGUAAGUGAUAAUAUUACAGCCCGAAUGCAUAAUCUUUCCCACAAGCCCGUGGUCGAUAAAAUGCAGCCUGUUCUGAACGCGAAGACGGAAGCCAUGGUUCGUGUUAACUCGUCGGGAGUUUCGGAGAAUCAUACUAAGAUCGACAAGCCGAACUUUCGACUUGAUGCAUUUGGUCACACUUUUGGAAGUUUGAUUCACCGGUACAAGCAUUCCGAUUUUUUGUCGACUUAUUUUCUCUUUCUCUUAUCCAUGAAACUUUGUUACAUUAUGCUGGGACCUGCCACUUCUAUCACCGACUUUCAUCGCCAAUUCCCACCAGUCAAGGCCGCGAUGGCAGCGCCUACAGAUUGGGUAGCUUUCAACGCAGCAUCCACGCGUAUUUCUCAAUAUGCAAGCCAACUCGCGGAAACUGUCGAAGCUGCAGCCGGUAUUCCUACCGAUAUCGAAGUCGUACAAGCGGAACUCAAACGAGUUGAGGAGCAAUCAAUCAACGCAAUGUUGUUACAGCUUUUGCAGGGCCUAGGAAGUGAGCUGAAGGAGAUGAGGCAAGAAAUGCAGCAGUUGAAGAAUGAUAUCCGCGAGCAGCAACAGAAGAUCAAGAAGGAAUUGAAGGACGAAAUCCGCGAACAACAACAGAAUACGAAAAGAGAGUUGAAAAAUGACAUCAGUGGGCAGAUGCAGAAGACGAGAAAAGAUUUGCAAAUUGAAAUUGACCAGACUGAGAAGAAUCUCAAAUGGAAAAUGGGGAGUGAGACGGCCGAGACGAAAGCUGAAGUCGCGAAAAUGCGAAAUUGUAUUCAGACGAUGACCAGAGAUAUGCAACAAAGUAUGGGGGACAUGCGAAGUGAGAUGCGUGAGGUGAUGAAGCAAUUGGAAGAGAGAAAGACUACGAAUGAUGACCAACCUCGUAGGCUCGGAAACAGCGCAUCACAAAUUAGAUACGCUAGCGACAGCGGGGAAAAUAUGGCGUGUCCUUUCUCCUAA